CUUUGUCAGUCUUAUUGUGAUUGAAAAUCAGAAAAAGAAAAAUUUAUGGAGUUGGGGCGUUUUUGGUGGUGGCCGGUGGUGUUAGUUUUGGUUCAUUUUGGUAUGAAUGGGUGCUUUGGUUGCUGGGAGCAAGAGAGAAUUGCUCUCUUGCAAUACAAAGUUUCCACUGUCAACUACACUGAUAAAUAUUUUUUUACACCUUGGGACUCAGCCGACAAAGAGAGUGAUUGCUGUGAGUGGGAAAGAGUGAAGUGCAACAUCACUACUGGCCGUGUAAUCCAACUUGCUCUUAAUCUCACGAUAUCCUAUUGGAGUAGAGAAAGUGGAGGAGGUUGGUACUUUAAUGCCUCUCUAUUUCUUCCCUUUGAAGAGCUCCAGUACCUCGAUUUGAGUGAAAAUGGGAUUCGUGGAUGGGUCCCAAAUGAAGGUUUUGAAAGAUUCUCUGCGUUGAAGAAGCUGGAGGUGCUUCACUUGGAAAAUAAUAAUUUCAAUAAUAGCAUUCUUUCAUCCUUGAGUGGAAUUGCUUCCCUGAAGGAACUAUAUUUGGGGUCCAACAAUUUGAAUGGAUCAAUGCCCAUCCAAGGUUUUGGAAGCUUAUCUUUGUUGAGCAAGCUAGAGGUGCUUCACUUGGAAAGUAAUAAUUUCAAUAAUAGCGUUUUUUCAUCCCUUAGUGGUAUUGCUUCGCUCAAGGAACUAGAUUUUAGCGUCAACAAUUUGAAUGGAUCAAUCCACAUCCAAGAAUUUGAAGAAUUUAGCAAUUUGGAGAAUCUUUACAUGCGUGGCAAUGAGAUCAAUGAAUUCGUGACAAAAAAAGGUAGGAUAGGUUGUAUAUGGAUUAAAAUCAAAUAA